UUACUUUAAAGAAAAGUGUAAGUUUUAAGAAGUGCUCUUGAAUUAGUCCAAGAAGCAAGACUGGCUCUGCAGCCACGGAGUUUACAGUAUAAAUGAACUUGAGGAUUCUGUGGAAGAAUAGCCUUUGGUCCCUGCCUCCCUGCUGGCCUUACUUAGCUCCGUGGGAAGGUUGAAGGGCCCGGGCUAGAGGCUGUAGAUUUCCAAAGGCUGUAGAUUAACCUCACCUCUCUUUCCUCAGGAUCCAGAGGCCCUCCAGAAGGCAGUUCUGCUGCUCUACAAAGGAGUGGGAUCCUUUCAGCCAUGAACCAUAUGUUGAACCUCUAUCUUUUAGGGGUAGUGGUGACCUUGCUUUCCAUCUUCGUUAGACUGAUGGAGUCCUUGGAGGGCUUACUGGAGAAUCCAUCACCGGGGAGCUUCUGGACCACCAGAGGUCAACUAGCCAGCACAGACCCCAAGGGCUUUCCAGACCAUCCGUCCAGAAGGGUGUGAUAAGACCUCCCUCCACCGGCUGUGACCCUUGGUAUACUGGCCUAAACUCAUCGGCCAGGUGUACAGUUCUUGGGCAGGCAGACUCAGCAUCAGUGUUCUCAGACCUAACUCUUACGAGGGCCUUGAAGGGCCUCUGGAUGUUCCUCACCCUGGAAAAAGAGCCUGUUGAGUCCAGGUGUGAGUGGGUUGCAUGUAGCUGUGGGAUGCAGCACUGUCACUCUGCUCCCCAGGGCUCAGCUGUUUACAUAGUGUUUUCAGCCCUAUUUACUAGUGUCUGCUGAGCUCCUUCAGACUUGGGUGUCGUAAUAUUCAGUUUAAUGUUCAGCCUCUUCCGUGAAAGCUCAUCUGUAUGUGGAUAGCAGUUGAAAACGUGUGUGGGUUGGCCGUAGGGGGGAGGGGAAUGAUGGAGUGUACAGUGUACAGUUCUCAUUGUUCUACACUUAAUGAUUCAUCCACCGGCAUAGUGUGUAUGUGCGUGUUUAUUGGUCUGACGGGGACCACGGAUGACAAAGCUUGCUUAGGACAUGGGCAUUAUGGCCACCAUGUGGCUUAAACGAAUUUUUCUA